UUACGAAAUUAAAGAUAAAAUAAAAGAAAUGAAAAAUUUUCAUUUAAAUGUUAAAUUAAUAGGGGUUGUAUUACUGUUCAAUAUUGCAAUAGAUGUUAAAGCACAGAAUACUAUUCAACAAGAACAAAUCCCACAACCUGGAGCUCAACCAGGAAUUGGAGGCCAACUUGGUAAUGAACUGGGAGCUGAAGGACAACCUGGAGCUCAACCAGGUGUUGGAGGCCAACUUGGUACUCAACUGGGAGCUGAAGGACAACCUGGAGCUCAACCAGGAGUUGAAGGCCAACUUGGUACUCAAAUAGGAGCAGAAGGACAACCUGGAGCUCAAACAGGUGUUAGAGGACAACCUGGAGCUCAACCAACAGCUGGAGGACAACCUGAUACUCACUUAGGAGCUAGAGAACAACCUGGAGCUCAACCAGGUGUUGGAGGACAACCAGAUACUCAUCUAGGAGAUGGAGAACAACAUGGAGCUCAACCAGGAGGUGGAGGCCAACUUGGUACUCAAAUAGGAGCUGGAGGACAACCUGGAGCUAAACCAGGUGUUGGAGGACAACCAGAUACUCAUCUAGGAGAUGGAGAACAACAUGGAGCUCAACUAGGUGUUCGAGGACAACUUGAUACUCAACUAGGAGCUGGAGGACAACCUGUAGCUCAAUCUGCAGUUGCAGGCCUACUUGGAGCUCAACCAGAUGUUGGAGGACAACAUAGUUCUCAACUAGGAGCUGGAGGACAACUUAGUACUCAACUAGAAGCUGGAGGACAACCAGGAGUUGGAGGCCAACUUGGUACUCAACCAGGUGUUGGAGGACAACUUGGUACUCAACUAGUAGCUGCAGGACAACCUGGAGCUCAACCAGGUGUUGAAGGCCAACUUGGUACUCAAAUAGGAGCUGAAGGACAACCUGGAGCUCAACCAGGUCUUGGAGGACAACCUGAAGCUCAACCAGGAGGUGGAGGCCAACUUGGUACUCAAAUAGGAGCUGAAGGACAACCUGGAGCUCAACCAGGUGUUAGAGAACAACCUGGAGCUCAACCAGGAGGUGGAGGCCAACUUGGUACUCAAAUAGGAGCUGGAGGACAAUCUGGAGCUCAACCAGGUGUUGGAGGAUAUCCUGGUGCUCAACCAGGUUUUGGAGGACAACCUGGAGCUCAACCAGGAGUUGAAGGCCAACUUGGUACUCAACUGGGAGCUGGAGGACAACCUGGUGCUCAACCAGAUGUUGGAGGACAACCUGGAGUUCAACUAGGUGUUGGAGGAUAUCCUGGUGCUCAACCAGGUUUUGGAGGACAACCUGGAGCUCAACCAGGUGUUGAAGGCCAACUUGGUACUCAAAUAGGAGCUGAAGGACAACCUGGAGCUCAACCAGGUCUUGGAGGACAACCUGAAGCUCAACCAGGAGGUGGAGGCCAACUUGGUACUCAAAUAGGAGCUGAAGGACAACCUGGAGCUCAACCAGGUGUUAGAGAACAACCUGGAGCUCAACCAGGAGGUGGAGGCCAACUUGGUACUCAAAUAGGAGCUGAAGGACAACCUGGAGCUCAACCAGGUGUUAGAGAACAACCUGGAGCUCAACCAGGAGGUGGAGGCCAACUUGGUACUCAAAUAGGAGCUGGAGGACAACCUGGAGCUAAACCAGGUGUUGGAGGACAACCAGAUACUCAUCUAGGAGAUGGAGAACAACAUGGAGCUCAACUAGGUGUUCGAGGACAACUUGAUACUCAACUAGAAGCUGGAGGACAACCUGUAGCUCAAUCUGCAGUUGCAGGCCUACUUGGAGCUCAACCAGAUGUUGGAGGACAACAUAGUUCUCAACUAGGAGCUGGAGGACAACUUAGUACUCAACUAGAAGCUGGAGGACAACCAGGAGUUGGAGGCCAACUUGGUACUCAACCAGGUGUUGGAGGACAACUUGGUACUCAACUAGUAGCUGCAGGACAACCUGGAGCUCAACCAGGUGUUGAAGGCCAACUUGGUACUCAAAUAGGAGCUGAAGGACAACCUGGAGCUCAACCAGGUCUUGGAGGACAACCUGAAGCUCAACCAGGAGGUGGAGGCCAACUUGGUACUCAAAUAGGAGCUGAAGGACAACCUGGAGCUCAACCAGGUGUUAGAGAACAACCUGGAGCUCAACCAGGAGGUGGAGGCCAACUUGGUACUCAAAUAGGAGCUGGAGGACAAUCUGGAGCUCAACCAGGUGUUGGAGGAUAUCCUGGUGCUCAACCAGGUUUUGGAGGACAACCUGGAGCUCAACCAGGAGUUGAAGGCCAACUUGGUACUCAACUGGGAGCUGGAGGACAACCUGGUGCUCAACCAGAUGUUGGAGGACAACCUGGAGUUCAACUAGGUGUUGGAGGAUAUCCUGGUGCUCAACCAGGUUUUGGAGGACAACCUGGAGCUCAACCAGGAGUUAAAGGCCAACUUGGUACUCAACUAGGAGCUGGAGGACAACCUGGAGUUCAACAAGAUUUUGGUGGCCAACCUGGCGCUCAACCAGGUUUUGGAGGACAACUUAAUACUCAACCAGGAGCUGGAGGUGAACCUGUCACUCAACCAGAAUUUGGAGGUCAACUUGUUACUCAACCAGCAUAUGGAAAUCAACUAGGUCUUAGAGCUCAAUCAGGACUUAGUGGUCAAGUUGGUAUUCAACCACGAUAUGGAGGUCAACCAGGACUUGGAGGCCAACCUGGCACUCAACCAGUCGUUGGAGGUCAACUUGGUGUUCAACCAGUAGUUGGAGGACAACUUGGAGUUCAACCAGUCGUUGGAGGUCAACUUGGCACACAUUAUGGAGUAGGAGGUCAACCUACUCAAUUCCAAGGAUUUGUACCUUAUUUAACUCAAAUGCAAGGACUUGCAGCACAACCAACUCAAACCCAAAGGUUUGGAACUCAAUUUACUCAAUUUCAAGGACCUUAUCCAACUCAAACCCAAGGAUUUGUAAGUCAACCAUAUCAAACCCAAGGACUUGCAUCGCAACCAAUUCAAACCCAAGGAUUCGGAUAUCAACCAACUCAAUUCCAAGGACUUGCAACGCAACCAACCAACAGACCUUAUCCAACUCAAACCCAAGGAUUUGUAAGUCAACCACCUCAAUUCCAAGGACUUGGAAGUCAACCAACUCAAUUUCAAGGAUUUGGAACUCAAAAUGUGCAAAAUCAAAUACCUGGAAGGCAAUCAUCACAAUUUGUUGGGUUUGGAUCACAAGCAACACAAUAUCCAGGACUUGGCUCUCUACAAUUUCAAAAUCAAGUAGCAGGAACCCAAUUGAGACAAUAUCAAGGUACUUCAACUCAACCAAAUCAAAAUCAAGUAAUGAAUGUUGGAAGUUUAACAAAUCAGGGAUCCUCAACUCAAGCGACAAAUUAUGUUUAUCCUUAUAACCGACCAACAUACUAUCUUCAAGAACAAGGUGUUGGAGCUCAACCUACUCAAAGUCCAGUUGUAUUAACUAAUUAUCCUCAGAGACAAGGAGUUGUUCCAUUUUCUCAAGGACAGAAUAUUCCAGCAUAUAACCCUUAUAGACAAGGAUAUGGUGUUCAACCUUAUCAAGGACAGAAUGUUCAAACAUAUCCUCAGUAUGCUUUACCAAGGCAUCUAAAUUGUCAGUGGUAUGGAAAUUUCCAAAAUUGUUACUAAGAGUUAGUACUACUAACAGUAUAUAAUAAUAGUUUUUUUUCAAUCUAUUGUUACUAUUGUAUACUAUUAUCUAUAUUGUUACUUUUAAUAUUAUCAAGGAUCGAAGUACUUUACAUUUUAUUUGUAACCAAAACACUUAUAUUAUAUGUUUAUUAAUUUUAUUUCAAUAAAACUUUCAAUGUCAUAAUUAAUUUCAAUAAAAAAAAAGUUCUAUAGAACAACA